CCUCAACCAGUUUGUUUACAGUCUGUGUUUACGUGUCCCCUGAUAGAAGUUCAAGUUAUGAUUUUCCUUUAAGUUUGGUGGCAUUUUAGUGUGAAAAUGGAGUCGGAAAAGGUCUCUAUCCCCAGAUACAGGGGCUCCAAGCUGAAUAAAGUGAAAAAAAUGGACAUUUUCCCCAAGAUCGAAGACCCUUAUAAGAUUCAGUCUUCGGUAGGAGGUUCUUUUUCCAUUAUAAGUUUCCUCAUCAUCGCCUGGCUGGUUUAUUCUGAAGUUAGUUAUUAUUUAAAUAGCUCUUUUACCUUUAAAUUCUCGCCGGAUAUCGAGCUGGACGAGAAGCUGAAGAUGAAUAUCGAUCUGACGGUGGCGAUGCCUUGCGGAUCGGUGGGCACCGACGUUUUGGACUCCACCAAUCAAAACACGUACAAGUUCGGACAACUGGAAGAGGAGGACACCUGGUUUGAACUCUCUGAGAACCAGCAACUCCACUUUGAGAAUAAAAAACACAUUAACUCCUACCUCAGGGAGGAAUAUCACGCCGUAAAGGACCUAUUAUGGAAAAGCAGUUUUUCCAGCCAGUUUGGGGCUCUGCCCCCCAGGAGCCACAAACCAAACAGACCGUUCGACGCAUGCAGGAUCUACGGGAGUCUACUGCUGAACAAAGUGGCUGGAAAUUUCCAUAUUACCGCUGGCAAAAGCAUCAGCUUACCCCGCGGCCAUAUUCAUAUUAGCGCGUUUAUUUCGGAUCAGGAUUAUAAUUUUACUCAUAGGAUCGAUAGGUUUAGCUUUGGGGAUCCUAGUCCAGGCCUGAUUCAUCCUCUUGAAGGGGAUGAACGGGUUUUUAAUCAUCCAAUGACCCUAGUGAACUACUUCAUAGAGGUGGUGCCUACCACAGUAAAAACCUUCAUGAACCACAUCGACACUUAUCAGUACAGCGUCAAAGAACUGGCCAGGGUCAUCAAUCACGACCAGGGCAGCCAUGGCAUGCCUGGAAUUUAUUUUAAGUACGACAUGUCGGCCCUGAGGGUCACAGUUAUCCAGGAAAGGGACAACUUGGGGAUGUUCUUGGCCAAGUUGUGUUCUGUUGUUGGGGGGGUGUACGUUUGUUCGGGCAUUUUAAAUAGCGUUGUCCAACUAAUCGUAAACUUCAUCACCUGCAACUGGACCAGUAAGAAACCAGCUGAUGGGCAAGUUAGCGCAGGUCCACCUCCCACGUUAGUCACCGCACCGCCGCAGAAAUUAUAAUAAACAACAUUUUUUUUC